ACUAUUUACCCAAAAUAGCAAAAUCCUCAACUCCAACUAAUCUCAAUUAGUACUACCAAAAAUAGGAGGAAAAAAUAAAAAUGCAAACAAUGGAAAAUUAGCAAGCCAAAAGUGCAAUUCAUCCAACAAAGAAAGGAUGAAAAUGAAAAAGAAACCACUUUUUUUCGUUUUCCCGGGCAAACCCGAGGCUAUAAAACAAGCCGAAGAGUCAAUUUUUUCUCCUUUUUUUUUUCUGUUCAUAUUCUCUAUAAUUAUAGAAGAAUUGCUGUGUUUUUAAGCGAUAAUUAGAUUUUUGUUUGUUAGAUUUGUGUUUAAUUUUGUUGUUGUUGAAGCAAUUCAGUUGAUGACGGAGAUGGAUAAACCUUUGGAUUUUGAAUUUGAAGAACCCUGCAUCGUUAGCCCUAUUGUUACUAAACACAAAAAGAAGAAGGUUAUCGGCUUAGAUGAUCUUCUCAGUGACUUCUACCAAGUGAAGAGCGACAUACCUAAGAAGGAAUCUAAACGUGCAAAGAUCCACAAGUUUGAUGAGUCAGAUGAUGAUUUGGAUACCAGAGAAGCAGAGCUUAAUAACUAUGUUAACAAAUGCCAACAACAGAUGAAUGAAAUAAGCACUGAUGAUCAAAUGCCAUUAUGGGGUCUUCAAGUGUUUGGGGACCAGAAAGCUAUGGCCACACUUACUUUUCCCGAGCUUAGUAGUUGUGCCCUUUUGCAGUCCUUUAUGGAGAAUGAAGCUAAUUCAUUGUUAGGAAUUAAAACAGAAGAAGGAGAAGCAUUUCUGGAAGGAUUGCUUGUGAACGGUUGGCUUUUGAAAUUGGUUACAGAUCAUGGUCGAGUUGAAAAGUGCAUAGGAGCAUGGACAUUUAGUCUCAUGUUAUAUUCACCAAAAGAAGAGUUGAGGGCAGCAGCAUGUGAAUUUUGCUGUUCUAUUCUGUUACCUAAAAAUCAGGUUGAUACUGUAAUGUUUGAGAUGGGAUGGUUGCCGAACCAUUCAGAACUUAGGCGAGCACUUGAAGUAUGUGGCUUUCUGUUGGAUUCCCCUUCCAAAUCUUCAUCCAGCAUGGAAAUUGUGGAUGGAGAUUCUGAUUCUGCUGGACCGCCUCAAAAUAUCAAAUACUGGAUAAAAUAUGUUUCUGUUUGUUGCCAAGCAAGGGCCAAACGUUCAGUUUUCUCAACAGCGGAGGUAGAAGAUUUGAUUACCUCAGUGAUCUAUCUCUUCUUAGAUCGGCAACUUAUUGGCCUAUCUUCAGCGUUGAAGGAUUGCUUGCACUCACUUAUUAGCUUCUUUAGUGAUGAUGCAUUCCAUUUAAGCUGUCAGAAAAUAGCAAAAUCCCUCACCUGCAGAGUUCCUACUGAUGUCAACUGCUUGAGAUCUGUGGAGAGUGUAGCUGGACUGGAUGCUCGUUCCAAGCAUCUUAGGAGUGUGCUGGCCUUUCAGUUUCUUGUAGCAUGUUUUGACGACAAGGUACAUGAUGAAGAACAGAUCUUGAGAUCUCUAAUCUCCAUCAAUCUGAAGCAUAAGAAUUGUGAUCUUCUCAAAAUGUAUAUUCAACUGGUUCUGGCAGAGAACUGGCUGUUUUGCAACCCAUUGUUAAAAGAUAAACCAAUAAUCAGUGAGACAUGGAGCGCGUGCCUUAGAAACUGUUCCUGUCAAAUCACUAGCACAGAUUUGAGGUCUUAUGCUUCUAAGGUUCGUAGUAAAGCAUCAUAUCUUCUUCAAGGCAACGCCACAAGAUGACUCUAUCCUAAGCGCAGAAAAUUCUUCCUACAGUGAAUCAGGCUAGUGACAAAGUAACUAACUCUGAGCAUAAGAGAUCGAUAUAUUUUAUGUGUAAUCUACAGACUUGGAUGCUUCAUCGACUCACGAUGGAACCAGAAGAUUCAUCGUAGCAUCUACAGAAAAGUUGACAGUGAUCUUCUACUGACAAUUUUUUGGUAAGCAAUGCAGUUUUUGUUAAGACUGAUUGUUGAUCUGCCGGGUUCUUUUGUCAUUCUGGCUCCUCACUAGAUGGAACAGCUUUGCACUAUUUUUGCCCUUUCAAAAAAUUGUGCAAAUGCCCUUUUUUAGUUGUGCAAGUAUAACCUUUACCCUUCUGGAUAAUGUUAGAUAUGAGUUUAAUGUUUGCUCGUA